GCGAAUCGUCGCCCGUCGUGGAGUUGAGGAGGCAACGGCGUUUUCCCGCGCUUUUCCUGGGCGCCUCCGCAUCUGGAAACCUUAUUAUCUAUUAUGUCUUUGUGUGAAGACAUGCUGCUUUGUAACUAUCGCAAGUGUCGCAUCAAACUCUCUGGUUAUGCAUGGGUCACUGCCUGCUCUCACAUAUUCUGUGAUCAGCAUGGCAGUGGUGAGUUUAGUCGUUCACCAGCUAUCUGCCCUGCCUGCAACAGUACUCUUUCUGGAAAGCUAGAUAUUGUCCGCACAGAACUCAGUCCAUCAGAGGAAUAUAAAGCCAUGGUAUUGGCGGGACUUCGACCAGAGAUUGUGUUGGACAUUAGCUCCCGAGCACUGGCCUUCUGGACGUAUCAGGUACACCAGGAGCGUCUCUAUCAAGAAUACAAUUUCAGCAAGGCUGAGGGCCAUCUGAAACAGUUGGAGAAGAUAUAUACUCAGCAAAUACAGAGCAAGGAUAUAGAAUUGACCUCUAUGAAAGGGGAGGUCACCUCCAUGAAGAAAGUGCUAGAAGAAUACAAGAAAAAGUUCACUGACAUCUCUGAGAAACUUAUGGAGAGAAAUCGCCAGUAUCAAAAGCUCCAAGGCCUCUAUGAUAGCCUUAGGCUACGAAAUAUCACUAUUGCUAACCAAGAUGGUACCCUUGAACCAUCUAUGAUUGCACAGUCUGGUGUUUUUGGCUUCCCAUUAGGGAACAACUCCAGGUUUCCUUUGGACAGUACACCAGUUCGAAAUCGGGGUGGUGGAGAUGGAGAUUUUCAGUUCAGACCAUUUUUUGUGGGUUCUCCCACAGCACCUGAACCCACCAACAGCUUUUUUAGUUUUGCCUCCCCAAGUAAUGAAUUAGAGCAGCAGCAAGUCUCUAGCAGGGCCUUUAAAGUAAAAAGAAUUUAGUUCACCUUACAGAAUGUUUCUCUGUUUACUUUCAGUGAUUUCAUUUAGUAAAUAAUCUUUGUUUUAGAUAGGAGUCACCACCCUCUCUGUGUUUGUAUUGAGUCUUCGAAGUUGUCUUCACAUUUUCAACUUAUAAGAGAUUCAGUGGCAGUGGUGGGUGGCUUUAGAAUCAGGUUUCCUUUUCUGUUUCUAUUCUUUAAGGUGUAAGCGUUUUAUUAAACUCAAUUUUAGGGUGAACUGUUGAGUUUUCACUGGUAGUGAAAAGCUUACAGUAUGAUUGGGUGUUUUGUAGAUCACCAUUUGUUUCUGUCUGGGGUAUUUCUGAAUAGGCCAUGUUUUUAAACAUA